AUGCUGACAAGACCCUUCUUCACCCCUAGAAUUCGCAGGAAAAAAUGCGACGAAGAAAAACCAACCUGCCGCCGAUGUAGAGACAGUCAAGUCAAGUGUGAUGGAUAUGCACCUAUACCAGCCGAGAAGAAGAAAUCGCCUUUGCAAAAAGUUGCGUCUGCAAAGGCAAAGAAGAGAACCAUCCAGGCCACUCCCGAAAUGGUCCAAACCGUCGUUAAGCAUUCACAGCCACGUUUUUUAAUUCCAGGUAAUAGACUGAACCUCGACAUCGACGGUGGUGUGUACGACCGCAUGUUUUUCCACCACUUUCGCUCCAUUACCAUGGUCGACUUUGUCCGUCUCGCCAACCCCAAAGACUUCUGGUCCCAGAGGGUACUCCCCAUGUGCCAUGCCGAGCCCGCUGUGCGAAAUGCGGUUAUUGCGCUCGGCGCAGCCCACUACGUCUACCUACAAAGGCUCUCGACACCUUGCCCAGGAGACACUGACGCAUCCAUGACCCAUUUUGAGUGUGUCGCAACGCAGUAUUACAACAAUGCCAUUGGACAACUCGUAACGCUCAACGACGGCAACAGUUCAUCACUUUGGGAUUCGCAACUCAAGAUCCUCACUUGCUGCCUACUAUUCGUCUGUCUGGAGAAUAUCUUCGGCCGCACCGACGAAGGACUCCGUCAUAUGCAAGCCGGCGCUCGCCUCCUCGAAACCUUCGACUUGUCUACCGUCCCACCCAAUUUCCGACAACUAAUACAGGAGAUUGCAACCGUCUUGCUUCACUUUUGCGUCGACGUAUCUUACCUCGACGACGACUUCGACGUCCCGAAUAUGUUGCCAUAUGUGGCGCCUAUGGUGGAACUUGAUGACAGUGUACAACCAUUUGCCAGCCUCGCAGAAGCCAAAGACGCCAUGUGGGACCUAGAUGUUAGAAUGACCUACAUCGAGUGUCCCGAUAACGAAUCAGAUGGAAUACCUGACAAAGACUACUACAUGCCCGACAAUAUGAAUGAACUCAUCGAGCCGUUCGAGCGAUGGAAGACCAAGUUCAAUCUUCUCGUAGCAUCUCAGAUCGACAAUACAGAUGUCCCGAUAGAGAUACAAAGAGAGACACUGACCCUAAUGCUUCGCCGCGCUGUAUGGGAAGUCAUCAUGCCCAUCAGAGCCGAUAACGAAGCCGAGGAACUGGCGAGGCUUCAACGCGAGCUGGUUGAUAUGGCAGAGCUCUUAUACAGCAUCGAGACUUCAUGGCUGGAUCGACCUAUAUUCACACUGGACAGUGACACCAUCCCUGCCCUGUAUUUCGUUGGCUUGUCCUGCGAAGACCCUGCCUUGGCUCAGCGCAUUCUCGCUCUCAUGCGUGGUUCCCGAAGAAGAGAAGGACCCUGGGAUAGCUGGAAAGUGGCAGACAGGCUUGAAGCCGAGUUACUGAACCCUAGCCCUUGCCCGUUUAAGAGCGGUUCGGAUUCUUCUUCAUCAUGCAGAUCAGGCAGUACCCCGAAUUCUGCGGGAUCAUCUCCAUCAAGUGGCACGCCAAAUUCCACUGCCUCGUUUUCAGUUUGUAAGACGGAAUUUCUUUAG